AGCGCGUCCGUCACAGCUUGUUUUCACGCCGGAUGCUCUGUGACAGCGUCAGAGUUGUUCAAAAUUUUGGUGGCUUUCUUUGCAAAGUUAAGUUACAGCAGCGGACCGACGAGUAGAAAAGACUAACAAAAUGUCCGGGCCCAUCAUCAAAUCGAGGCAAGCACAGAAAGAAGUCAAUGGAAUUCCAACAGAAGUCGUCUGCACAGAGUUCAGCAAUUACGUAUUCAUCGUUCUCACACAGUACGGCAAAAUCGGGACGUUGGUAUCCGUCACACCCGACUCCAGGUCUAAUGAUCUCAGCACCCCCACGUUCUCCACCAAAGUACUGCUGGGCAAAGACGAGCCGCUGACACACGUCUGUGCCAAAAACCUGGCGUUGUUCGUGUCACAGGAAGCUGGAAACAGGCCCGUCUUACUGGGACUGGCACUAAAGGAUUCUUCUAUAGAAUCAAUUAAUCAGUUAAAAGAUGUCAUCAGAAGUUGCAAAGUGUGGUAGGGAAUGGAUAAAGUGGACAGUAAUCUCGACGGUUUGCUGCAAGGUCUUUUUUGUGCCUGGGAGAAAAAAAACAUUUUCAAAAAACACGUGUCCUUUGAGACACGUUUAUGAAUCCAAAAUCAUCCCUUUGACUUUUUCUCUCAAAGUUUGUAAGCUUUUUUUGUCAUGUGUUGAUAAACCGUUUUUACAUUGAUGGCAGUCGUUCAUCCUUACCCACUGUAUGAAAUGUUUUGUCGAUCUUUCUGUUUUGUAUAAAAUAUAUUUUACACUGAGAUGUAUUGGGAAAAAUAAAAUUUUGAAUGAGUACAAUGAAAGGUAUCAAUGUAUGUUCUAUUUAUGUGAUUGUAGUUCAUUCAGUCCGCUUCACUGAAGGAUAGUGUCGGAUUAUAUAAUGGAUGGCAUUAAGGUAUAUUUCAGCAAAACUUGGAAAUUGGACUGGACAAUUGUGAACUUUAAGUCAGUCUUGUGAU